AUGGCUGUCUCUGCUCUGGAUUCUCGAGUCUUCAGAAAUCUGUUCGGGACUGAGCAGAUCCGUAACAUAUUCACUGAUGAAGCCUACGUACGAUACCUCAUAGAGACGGAAGCCGCAUUGGCUCGUGCAGAAUGCUAUGUUGGAGUGAUACCAAGUGAAGCAGGUGAAGCAAUCACAAUAGCCUUGAAAAAUGCACAGAUAGACUUCGACAGACUAUCAAGGGAGACGGAUAUCGUUGGAUAUCCUAUCCUGCCGCUAGUCCAACAGCUGGUGGAAGCCACACCAGCAGAAAUGGCCAAGUACAUCCACUGGGGUGCUACGACGCAGGAUAUCAUGGACAAUGCUUCGAUACUACAAAUCCGAGAGGGGCUUCAGAUGGUAAGGCGUGAGUUGGAUACCAUGGUCGACAUUCUGCAGAGAUUAUCCUCAGAACAUCGCGAUACACCAAUGGCAGGACGGACACAUUUACAACACGCGUUACCGUGUACAUUCGGAUAUAAAUGCGCCGUCUUCCUCUCCGGUAUUCUUCGUCACCAACAGCGUCUCGACGAGAUCGCGAACCGUUGUCUGCUGGUUCAAUUUGGCGGUGCGGCAGGCACGCUUGCGUCGCUGGGAAGUCAUGAAGGGAUCCAAGUACGUGCACAGUUGGCGAAAGAACUGUCCUUACAAGACCCACCAAUAACGUGGCAUGUCGCGCGUGACAAUAUCGCCGAGAUCCUCAACUUUCUGGGCCUGAUAGGUGGCAGCCUAGGAAAGAUCGCAUACGAUAUCAUCAUCAUGUCCUCCAACGAGCUAGGCGAAGUCUCUGAGCCAUUUGUUCCCCAUCGAGGGGCUUCUUCAACGAUGCCCCAGAAACGGAACCCUAUUUCGAGUGAGGUGGUCCUCGCCACGUCGAAAUUACUCCGUGCAAAUGCAGGACUUGGGCUGGACGCCAUGGUGGCCGAUUUCGAAAGAGCCUCUGGUCCGUGGCAUCUGGAGUGGGUUGCCAUCCCAGAAGCAUUCGUCUUAUGUGUCGGGGCGUUGCACCAAAUGAAUUUCGCACUCAGCGGUCUUGUCGUGAAUGUCCAAAACAUGCACAGAAAUUUAUACAGCACACGGGGACUGAUCGUAGGAGAAGCGGUCAUGAUGGGCCUCGCUCCGGUCCUUGGUCGUCAAAAGGCCCAUGAUUUGGUGUAUGAGGCGUGCAAGACGGCGAUUGAGAAUGAUCGGUCGUUGCUGGACGUGUUGCACGACGACGCGAGCUUGGUCGAGAACCUGCCCAAGGAGAAAUUGGCCAGUUUGUGCGACCCAUUAAAUUAUCUGGGGGCGAGCCAGAUUAUGGUCGAUCGCGUUCUGCAGGAGGCCAAGGAGCGCAAAACAAGUAGAGGGCCUGAGAGUAGCGGCCAGUAA